ACACGGAAACGCCGGGAAAGACAACGGUGAACGGGGGUUUUGCGACAGAUUUAAUCAUCGACAAUCAACGCACUUAUCACUGUGGUAUAAACCAGCUGAAGUCUCUCACAAUGAGUGGGACUGAUGAUGUCAACAUGGACUCCUUGCCGUUGCCAAUGUCCCUUGACCUAUCCCAAGAUGCAACACAGGAACAAGAUGCAAGUUCGGAGUCUGAUUGUUCUGGAGAUGAGGAGGUGACGGAGGGAGACCUGCUGCCAGGUGUAUCUGAUGAUGUAGACAUCUUUCCAUUCACACAGAUUUUCAAUAAAAUUGUUGGGAACAGGCAACCUCGGCAAGACAGAAGACGUAUGUCAACUCAGUCCAGAAGACCAGCACAACAUGAGGAUGAGUACGACUUCUCGUACCCACAACGGGGUCUGGCAGUCAUCAUCAAUAAUGAGACAUUCCAUUCCAAAUCUGGGUUGAACAAGCGACCUGGAUCAUCCUAUGAUGCUACGGAUCUGAAAGUUGUCUUCAAACAAAUGGGUUUUAAAGUGAAAUCCUACACUGAUCUGACUGGAGAACAAAUGGUUUUAAAGCUUAAGAAAAUUGCUGCCAACCUAAAGUAUGACCACACCAAAGCGGACUGUUUCACCUGCGCCAUCCUGUCACAUGGUGAUUCCAUAGAGGUGAAACCAAAAGCACCUCCAUAUGAUGUGGUGAAGUGUCAGGACGUUGUUUUUGGAGUUGAUGGGGUUUUGGUUCCAACUGAAUCUCUGAUAGACCUAUUCAGGGAUGACUACUGCCCAGAACUUGAAGGGAAACCACGGCUCUUCUUUAUACAGGCCUGUCGAGGAAUAAACUUGGACAAGGGGUUGGAUUUAACAGUCUGGAAACCUGUGAAACAUCCCAAGAAGCGACACCAUCCUCGUGGAAGCAGCAGUUCCUCCGUUAAUGGCCCGCCAUGUAAGAGUUCCCCUCACAUGGUGACAGAAGCUGGCGACACGGCUGAUGAAGCUGAUGAUAUGUCUUGUGACAUGGCGCCUGAUGACAUCCUGCUUGAUGAGGCCGGUGUACAAGAUGAUACAGAUGUUGGUAAAGGGAGUUCAAACAUUGUCGUGAAGCCAGCACCUUUAUUCAAGGAUUUUUUAGUCAUGUAUUCUUCUCCGCCUGGAUACUUUGCAUGGCGCCGUACAACUGGCACCUGGUUUAUACAGAGUCUUAAGAAGGCAAUACAAUCAGCUGAUCUCUCAACCACGUCUCUGUCAAGAUUAUUGACAUCUGUCAGUCACAGAGUUGCCACUGGUUACCAGUCUCAAAAUGACAAGGAAAAAUGGAAAGACGGCAAAAAACAAGUGCCAUGUGUCAUGUCCAUGCUCACCAAGGAUGUCUAUUUCAGACCAAAAAAAUGAUGGCAUUUUUUUGUUGUGAAAUAUGAGAUACAUGUACGAGUACUUAACUCAUAUACUUUUGAUAGUUUUACAAAAAAGGUUGGUUUUUAAAAAUAUGCUAUAAUAUACCCACCCACCCCCACCACUCCACCAUACAUGAUAGUGCCUUAGAGGACAAGAAGCAAUAAAUAUCAUGGUCAUGACAUUUUCAUAUAUCUGUUUUGGCAUGGGUGAACGGAGGCUAUGAAUCACAAAAAUUAUGCAAUCAUUUAAGUUUUUGUAACUGUGUACAUGAAACCUAAACAAAAACGGUAUGAAUGCAUUUCUUUGCCUUUCAGUGAUAAAAACACCUGAAAAUGCUCAAUAUGGGAAGUAAAGUAACCUGUAGCCUGAUUGCCAAAACAUUUUAUCACUGUUCUGAAAACAUAUUUUUAUAAUAUUUUGGGAAUUUCAUCCACGUAUCAUCUAUAGUUAAUGAGGAAAAAAUCUCUUGAUAUUUUUAGGAAGCUGAAAUAUUUUUUACUGCUUCAAAAUUGUUUGAUAAGAGUGAGAAGUUUUACGUAAUAUCAUUUAGAGAGUGAUUUACAUAUGUCAUAGUGAUUGCAGUGACAUGGUGUGUCAGGUGAGUUUAAGCAUGUGUGAAAUGAUGCAAUGAACAGAAUGAAUGAAUGUUUGAAAGAAUGAAUGAAUAUGAAUGAUUGAAUGAUAUAACAGUGUUUUAAAAGAUGACCGUCUUCUUGUACGAAAAGAAUAACUUUACUGUGAGCAUUUAUGUACAUGUUAUGACUGGUGUCAGUCUUCAUUCCAUCAUGGCAUGAAUAACAGGUUAUGCAUCUCUUGCACAAAUAAGUCUUCAUUAUCCAGCGGCAGUACACAGUUUUCUUGUAAAGGAACAUGCAGGUUCUUGGUGAGAAUAGGCCCCUAGUACCGCAUGCUUGAUGUGAGCCGCCUAAAAUGGGGAUUGGGUGACUUAGUUACUUGGCAUCAUUCCCAGACAACGUAGGUAGUUGAUCAUACUAUCAACCACCUGAUUGUGAUUCAGUUACUUGGCUGUAGUGUAAGAAACCAAUAUUCACUACUGAGGAACUACUGUUCUGACUGUUACCUAGUUGUUUAAGUCCUAAAGUUCUGUAUUCUGGUGCACGGUUUCAUUUAGUUAUAUGAUGCAUGUUUCUGUAGUACCUAAAACGUUCAAAUUAAAAUGAACAAAAUAGUAUCAUAUGUACAUAUACACAACGUAAUAACCAAUCAGAUGCUGUUAUUUCUGCACAAUAGAUGAAUUGUAAUCUG